UGAACAGGAAUAUGGAAGUACAUGAGGUUAUAGCAGGGCUUUCUCGAAAGCUUUAUGGAGGAGAGAUGCCUCACCUCACCAAAAUCUCAAGGAACAACACCACUAAACACCAAACGCCACAAUAUUCCUUCUAUCGUCCAUCAAAGUCCCAAAUUUCACUGAAUAAAAAUGCUUCUGCUUUUUCCUCUACAAACAAAGCCAGCUUCAUUACUGAAGCCAAACAAGGCUUCAGCAGGAAUUCCAGACUAAACAUAGGCGGUCACGGUGACCAAGCCAGCUGAAAUGAAGGAUUCUGUACUGUGAGUUUACCCCAAAUUUCUAAAACUGAGUUGAAGAAUUAUCUAACAAAGUCAAAAGAUAUCGGAGUCAGUGAAAAGUUGAAGAUCACCAAAUUAUAUGAAAAACAUUAUACAAAUUCUGGAACUCUUCAGGCUCCUAUUCGUCGGAUCCGAAGGAGGAAUAGGAAAAUUGCAGUAUUGGAGCCAAAAAUAAAGAAGAAUCAGAUACUAAGUCUUCAUAAAAAUACCUCCGAAGGGCUGAAGAAAUCACUUCAAAGUGGGACACCUUUUAAAGCGAUGCUACCAAAUGUAUCUAACCUUCUUUACCCAAAUUCUAACUAUCAGAAGGAGAUAGAGAGGUUAUAUGAAGAAUCUCCUUUGAAGCACAAAAGGAGUACUUUCUUGGACUAUAAAAGAAGGACUUUUCUACCACCUCCAGCUCCUAGUGACUUCAAGCAUGAUGCCAGGAAAGGAAAUAUUUCAAGAAAACAAGGAAGACUGUACAAAUUGAGGCACCUCAGCAAAACAAGGUCAUAAGACAUGAAGUAUUAUAAUCUUUGUAUUCUAGAAAAUUUGC